UAGUUUUUUUUUUUGUUUGUCAAAGCAACGGAUUUUAAAUUAAUUUGAAACUCAAUAAGAUACUUCGGUUUACAUGUACAUGUUUUUAUAUAAUUUAAUUUGCAUUGUGGUGAAAGAAACUCAUCUGCAUUUAUAACUGGGAGGAGAAUGCAAAAUUAAUCACGAUGCCUCGCCGUAGACGAUAUCACAGACGUAAACGUUAUUUGAAGACUCUGAAGAAAAGAAAUAAACGUUUACAAUCGGAAUCGACUACAGAGGAUAGAAAGCGCGAAAACAAUGCAACAUUCGACAUUUCUAAGAUGACCGACGUUGGUUUAAACAUAACUCAAAUAAUUUCUCCCGUUUGCACACCUAAUCUUACACCACCUAGUAAUGUCUCUUUAUUUUGUAACAUUCACAGCACUUCCGAACUUCUUGACAACUUUGCAAAGACUACUGAAGAUAGAAAGUCAUUUUUAAAUAAUGCAGAUUUUUUAAAAUAUGAUGUAGAAAAUUUACCCAGUGCUACAACUAACAAAGAAACUAUUAAUUGUUUAUCAAAAUCACAAUCAUUAAAAUUAAGAAAUGAAGUAGCUGUACAAACAGAGAGUGAGAAUACACAUCUGGAGGAACAAAAAAAGACUAAUGCUGGUUGUUGUGAAUGGAAUAAAGCUGAUAACCUUACGAAUCCUGUUGUCAUUUAUAAAACCCCUUUGAAAAGACUGCGUGACAUUUGUUUUUCACCUUCUCAAGACUUUGAAGAACAGCACUGUACUCCUAUGAAAGACUUAAGUUGUAGAUCUUUGUACACCGAAUAUGACAAAGAGUUAUUUAAUGCAUUUUCCAAUUCACUUGAUGAUCCAGAAACUGAAAAAAAAUUAUAUAACAAAAAUGACACUUUUAUAAGAAAUAAGAAGACAUCUACACCUUUGAACAAAAAGGUGUUAGAUUUUAAAACAGAUGAAACAUUCAACAUAAAUUCAUCGUUGACAUCUGAAAAUAGCAAAAUUUCUGAAUUCUUAUUUAGUAAAUGUGCAGCAACCUUUCCAACUACAUUCAGUCACUUGCAUAAGAGGAAAACGACUCCAAGAAAGUAUCAUCAAAAAUUUUUUAAAAGCAAGAAUUUUUCUAUAAACCAACAUAAGAAAUAUCCUUGCUUGACACACAAUUACUACAUUAAUUAUGCCAAGUUCACAAAUCGAAGCCAUAAUAUUACAUUAAAGCACAUGUCUCGAAUAAAUAAAAUCAGAUUUCCGACGAACAAGAGAAGCCCUGAUUACACUACAAAAGGCCGUGGAAUUAACAGCAGACUUUUGUCCAAGAUCGUGAAAUGUAGUAACCGAUUUGCCAAACUUCCACAAAAACUAUCAAAUAUAAUUUCCUGGUUAGGAAUAACUUUUACAAAGGGAAUGUCUAGUUUAUGUCGUCUGUAUUCUUUGAAUAAAACAAUAUUGUCGAAAACGGAAAAUUUGACUAAUCCAACUAUUAACAACCCAAACGACAGCGAACCAGGAGUAGUUUGUAAAAAUUGCGAUCAAAAUCAGGUGCAAAUUUCGAUUCUAACAGCCAAAGUUGGAGACUUGGAAACUGAAAUGAACCACAUAAAGCGUGAAUACCAAACACAACUGACAAAACUUGCGACUAAAGUUGGGAAUUUCGACUUGGAAAUGAACCACGUAAAACAGGAAUAUCAAACGCAAAUUUCAUCAUUGACUGCUCAAGUUGACGACCUCAAAAACGAAUUGAAACUACAAAACGAAAAAAUCCAAAAAAUGACGUCUACCUUUUUCUCUAAUUGUAACACUUACAACAGUUACCAGCCUUCAAAAAGCUUACAAUUGGAUGCUUGUGGCGCGCCUCCACCGCCGCCUCCUCCGCCUCCGCCGCCCCUUUUGUUAGCACCGGCCCCUAUUAUUAGGAUCACAUCGAGUACAAAGCUUGAGAAGAAAAUGCAAAAGGCUGGUGCCGAAAAUCGACCCGUUAUUUCUCUGGAUGACAUCUUGAAAGUGAAACUCAGGAAAACGGCGGAGCGGAAAUCGCCGCUAAGGAGGCUGUCACCUUUGAAACGUUCGAUUCAGCCGAUAAUUUCGUCGGAUAUGCUGCGACAGAUCAAGUUGAAGCCGACGUCGCGGUCGCAAACACCGCUGAUUGAUUCUAGUCCGUUGAGUGCAACCGCAAGCCCUCAGGCAAGUCUCAUGCGGAUCUUGACAAACGUUGACACUAACGUACGAAGGGUAAAAAGGCUAAAACGUAGCAACGGUUAUAGUUUUGAUGAUAGUUGUAGGACUCUUACGAGCAGGCGCGACGUCGGAAAAGACAGGGACUUCCUGUGAACGGACCACACUGCGCUAACUAACUAUCAAAGGUACUAAAGUAUUAAUUAUUCUUUUUUUUUAUUAUAAUUUUUA